AUGGACUCAACUCAUCGUAAAAAGGAUUUGCUCAAGAUAAUCGAGGCGGUUAUGUGGACCAUUGUUCUUCCUAUUUAUUACUCGACUUCUAGAAGAAAAUAUACGUGUUAUUCUACGCAAAAUGAGAGUUGGAUUAAGGAAUGGUGCUAUUCGUCUUACAUGGUGGCUGUUGCAUUUUACUUGAUUCGAAAUGCCGUAAAUAUGGUCCUAUUUUUCGUGCCGGCAGUUGGAAAAUAUAUCGAGACUUCUAAUUCUCGAUUAUGUACAAUUUUGUCUUGGUGGGCUCAGCCCAGAUUGUAUGUUGGAAGAGGAAUGCAAGAGAGCCAAUUAUCUGUUAUGAAGUAUACAUUGUUUUGGAUGCUGUUAUUGAUGAGCAAAUUUGCAUUCAGCUAUACUUUUGAGAUAAAACCACUUAUAUCACCAACAAGACAGAUAAUGGCGAUCGGGGUGAAAAACUAUGACUGGCAUGAGCUUUUUCCUAAAGUGAAGAGUAAUGCCGGAGCCAUUGCAGCUAUCUGGUCUCCUAUAAUACUCAUAUAUUUCAUGGAUACACAAAUAUGGUAUUCUGUUUACUGCUCGGUUUUCGGUGGAGUUUACGGAAUUCUGCACCAUCUCGGUGAAAUUCGUACGCAAGGAAUGUUGAAGAGUAAAUUCGACACUUUGCCCUCAGCAUUUACCGACUGCCUUAUUCCACCGGAACCAAAAGAUAAAGAAGGAAUCACAAUGUGGCUUUGUAAUCCCGAAUGUCUAAAGGAUUUAGAGAACAAGAAAGGUGGAGUUCUCAAAUUUGCCAUAAUGUGGAACCAAAUUAUCAGUAGCUUUCGUGACGAGGACCUGAUAAGCAAUAGGGAAAUGGAUUUGAUGAAAAUGCCGGUCUCUUCUGAAUUAAUUUCUAAUCGUGUCCGUUGGCCGGUUUUUCUCUUAGCAAACAAGUUAUCAACAGCUCUUACCAUUGCUAGAGAUCAUCAUUUGGGAAAACACGAGAAUCUCUUGAAAAGGAUCCGAAAGGACCGAUACAUGCAAAUGGUCGUAACCGAAUGUUAUGAAUCACUCAAGUACAUAUUGGAUAUCCUUGUAGUGGGUGACUUGGAGAGAAGGAUUGUGUCCGGUGUUUUUGACGAAAUCGAGGAAAGCAUAGUAAAAUCGUCACUCAUAACCGACUUACGCAUGGAAAAAUUACCGGAUUUGCAUGCUAAAUGCACCGACUUAAUCACACUACUCGUUGAGGGUGUCGAGCACUGUCAUUAUAAAGUCGUGAAGACGCUUCAAGACAUAUUUGAGCUCGUCACGAAUGAUUUGUUCAAAAAUGGUUCGAGAACAUUGAACGAGCUUCACGAUUACCUUCAACAAGAGGGAACAACGAGCGAAUAUUUCAGCCAUCUUAAUCCCGAAUUAUUUGCUUCGAAGCACUCCAUUCACUUCCCUUUGCCGGAUCGCGGCACCUUGAUGGAGAAGAUUAAACGUUUUCAUUUGCUGCUUACGGUCAAAGAUAGAGCAAUAUACAUACCCUCGAAUAUAGAAGCUCGAAGGAGAAUUUCAUUUUUCGCUACUUCACUCUUCAUGAAUAUGCCCAAGGCUCCGAAAGUGCGCAACAUGCUUUCGUUCAGUGUCUUAACUCCACACUACAUGGAAGAAGUCAAAUUCUCGAAGCAAGAGCUUCACUCGAGCAAGCAAGGGGUCUCGAUUUGCUUCUACAUGCAGAAGAUUUUUCCAGACGAGUGGGAAAAUUUUAUAGAACGCCUCGGAAGUGAAAAUUUAGACGACACAAACGAGGAUAGUAGUACUAAUGAGGAAGAUUUACGAGAUUGGGCUUCUUUCAGAGGGCAGACUCUAAGCCGAACAGUUAGAGGAAUGAUGUAUUACCGAAAAGCGUUGAAACUGCAAGCUUUUCUCGACAUGGCCGAAGAUGAUGAUAUCCUUCAAAACUGUGAUGCCAUUGAUCGAGCAAACGACACUUUAUCGGCACAACUCGAUGCCUUAGUCGACAUGAAGUUUACACAUGUCGUCUCGUGUCAAAUAUACGGGUCGCAAAAAACCUCGGGGGACCCACAAGCACAAGACAUUCUUGAGUUGAUGAUAAGGUAUCCUUCAUUGCGCGUUGCUUAUGUCGAGGAGAAAGAGGUCGUGGCUGAUAGAGUGGCCGAGAGGGCACCGAAAGUUUAUUCGUCUAUUUUAGUUAAAGCUGUGAAUGGUUUUGAUCAGGAAAUCUACCGUAUAAAGCUUCCGGGACAACCGAACAUUGGAGAAGGAAAACCCGAGAAUCAAAAUCAUUCGAUAAUCUUUACGCGUGGUGAAGCGCUUCAAGCUAUUGAUAUGAACCAAGACAACUAUCUCGAGGAAGCUCUCAAGAUGAGAAACCUUUUGCAAGAAUUUUCCCGAGCUCAAAGAAGAGCCCCACCUACUAUUCUCGGCAUGCGUGAGAACAUAUUUACGGGAAGUGUUUCUUCUCUGGCUUGGUUCAUGUCUUAUCAAGAGACGAGCUUUGUGACGAUCGGGCAAAGGCUUCUCGCUAAUCCACUAAGGGUAAGAUUCCAUUACGGACAUCCAGAUGUAUUCGACAGAAUAUUUCACUUGACGAGAGGCGGCAUAAGCAAAGCAUCAAAGACUAUAAAUUUAAGCGAAGAUGUUUUUGCGGGAUUUAACACUACACUAAGAAGGGGAUACGUAACGUAUCACGAGUACAUGCAAGUCGGAAAAGGCCGGGACGUUGGCCUGAACCAGAUCUCGAAAUUCGAAGCCAAAGUAGCAAAUGGAAAUAGCGAACAAACUCUCAGCCGCGACAUUUACCGGCUCGGCCGGCGGUUCGACUUCUUCAGGAUGCUUUCGCUUUACUUCACAACCAUUGGCUUCUACUUUAAUAGUCUGAUAUCUGUAAUCGGCGUGUACGUUUUCCUCUACGGACAGUUGUACCUCGUCCUUAGUGGCCUACACCGUGCUCUCCUCCUCGAGGCCAAGGUCAAAAACGUAAAAUCGCUCGAGACGGCCUUGGCCUCGCAGUCCUUCAUCCAGCUCGGCCUCCUCACGGGCCUCCCUAUGGUGAUCGAGAUUGGCCUCGAGCGCGGCUUCCUCAACGCCCUCAAAGACUUCGUCCUCAUGCAGCUCCAGCUGGCGGCCGUCUUCUUCACAUUCUCCUACGGCACCAAGGCACAUUACUACGGCCGAACCAUUCUCCACGGCGGGGCAAAGUACCGGCCCACGGGCCGAAAAGUUGUCAUCUUCCACUCGAGCUUCUCGGAAAACUACCGGCUCUACUCCCGAAGCCAUUUCGUGAAGGGGUUCGAGCUCUUGAUUUUGCUCAUCGUGUAUGACUUGUUUAGACGUUCUUACCAGAGCAGCAUGGCAUACUUGUUGAUUACGUACGCCAUCUGGUUCAUGUCGAUGACGUGGCUUUUCGGGCCCUUCUUGUUCAACCCGUCGGGCUUCGACUGGGGGAAGAUUGUGGACGAUUGGAAGGACUGGAACAAGUGGGUCAAGCAGCAAGGGGGUAUCGGGAUCCCGCCCGACAAGAGCUGGCAGUCGUGGUGGGUUGAGGAGCAGGGGCAUUUGCGUCAUUGUGGCAUCACGUCUCGGCUGAUCGAGCUGCUUCUUUCGCUGAGGUUCUUUCUGUACCAAUACGGUCGCGAUUUUCCUCCUUCUCAAGAUAGUGAACGUGGGAAGACAAUAUCUAAGCGCGACUCAUCACUUGGCCUUUCGAUUAUUCAAAGCUUCCCUUUUUCUAGGCGUUUUAGCCACGAUUGUAACGCUAUCACUCAUUUGUCACCUUUCCCUAAGGGAUCUCAUCGUAUGUUGCCUUGCAUUUCUUCCGACCGGUUGGGGAUUGAUAUUGGUUAG